CACACAGGUGAGAGGCCAUUUCCAUGUUCUGAGUGUGGGAAAUGUUUUGCACAGAAAUCACAUCUUGUUGCACAUCAGCAAACUCACACAGCUGAGAAUCCAUUUCUUUGCUCUGAGUGCGGAAAAUGUUUUACCUGGAAAUCACAACUUGUUACACAUCAGCGAAGUCACACAGGUGAGAAGCCAUUUCCAUGUUCUGAGUGUGGAAAAUGUUUUGCACACAAGUCAGAUCUUGUUAGACAUAAUAGAGGUCACACAGGUGAGAAGCCAUUUUCUUGCUCUAAGUGCGGAAAAUGUUUUACCCGGAAAUCACAACUUGUUAGACAUCAGCAAAGUCAUACAGGUGAGAUGCCAUUUCCAUGUUCUGAGUGUGGGAAAUAUUUUGCACACAAAUCAGAUCUUGUUAUACAUCACAGAAGUCACACAGGUGAGAAGCCAUUUUUUUGCUCUGAGUGUGGGAAAUAUUUUGCACAGAAAUCACAACUUGUUACACAUCAGCGAAGUCAGAUAGGUGAGAAGUCAUUUCCAUGUUCUGAGAAAUAAAUCGGCUCUUGUUGGACGCAGUAGACAUCAUUCAGGUGAGGAACCAUUUUAAUCUUCUGGAGGAUACUACUUGUCAUGUGAUGUUCUUCAAGGUUCUUAUCCUAUUUCCUGUGGUUUUGCUAUAUACAUGCUACUGCAGGGUGAAAUAAUCAGCUGUCAUGCCCUCAUCUACCACUGCUAUGCAGAUGAUCUGUCUGAGAACCCAGUACCAGUCCUAAAUAAUUGUCUAGCUGAGCUCCAGGUAUGGGUGAUGCCAGUUGGCUGUGACUCAGUCCUGGUGAAACAGGUCUAUCAUAAGAUAGAAGCUCACCAACAAAGGGCAGGGCUACAGCUCAGCUUUACCUACCAACCAGACUUACACUUGGGGGUUCAGGGUUACAUAAUGCUAAUCAUGGGCGGACUCUUUGUGUCCUGGAUGGUGGAGUGACAGUUAGACAUCACGUAUCAGCCACAAUCAGAUCCUCAUCUGAGGAACAUAGCCAGACUCCAGCACUUUAUUCCCUCAGAAUAUCUACCUACAGUCAUACAUGUACUUGUAUCAUCACGCAUAGACUAUUGCAAUGUCCUCUACUUGGGUCUCCCAGCAAAAUAAUUGCACCGGUUGUAGCUUGUACAGAAUGCAGCAGCCAGGCUGUUACCUAACCAGCCCGUUCCUGCCACAUAACACCCAUUCUCUGCUC